AUGGAGAACGGAGAACUUGACGCGCAAAGCUUGUCAGGUUGCGAAGAAAACGACACAGAUAUGCUUGAUACAUCAAAGAAGAAAGGCAAGGGUUCCAGCAAGACAACGGUUCCAAAAGGAACGGACGAAUAUCUCCGCAAAAGAGCGAGGAACAACGAGGCCGUUCGGAAGAGCCGCGUCAAAUCAAAAAAGAAAAUCGAAGAAACACAGCUUCGUGUAAAUAUGCUCUCGCAAGAAAACAGCGACCUGAAGACAAAGGUUACGCUUUUGACAAAAGAAUUGAACGUACUUAGAUCGCUUUUUGCUAACGGAGGAAUAACGAUCCCCGAACAUGUUACCGUUGAAAAGACGCUUGAAGUCGACACUGAACCAAGCUGUAGUGUCACAGUGAAGUCAGAGACAAAUGAUGGUGAAGCUUAG